UCCCUCCCAAUUGAAACACAGGAGUCGCUCUUUGAUCAUGUCUGCCGACCAAUUGCUUUACUCAAUGGGUCAUUCAUCCCAGGGUGAUGAAUUCUUUGACUUUGACAACUUCUUUGAUAUCCCCUCGGGUUAUGUCGACAGUAACCCGACCUCGGUCAACUCAAUUUCCCCCAAGGACUUUGACUUGGCUUACAACGACCUAGACGGGUCAAAUUGGGACUCGGGACUCGACAUGUGCACUCAAAUCCCAUUCACCGACUUUGUCAACCACGAACCAUCAUUCCCGGAAUACUUCGGAGGUACCGCGAAUACCGAGCCCGUGGUAGACCCCAAUGAUAUCCUUCAACUUCCGUCAACUUCACCAAGCGAAGUCUUCGUUGGGUCCGAGUUUGACAGUGCCUGGUUGCCAGGCGCGCACAGUUACGACGACCAUUACUAUUCGACCAUUCGGCAUAUGGUAGAGUCGCAAGCGGCGGUUGACCCGAGCUGCUCUUCCAAGAAAGAAAAACGCCGAGAAGCAGCCAUAGCCCUACAUCUACAGCGCUUGCAAGAUGCCCCACUUCCCGAGAUAGAUAUGUCUUCGGAUUCAAAUACCAGUUUCCCAUCGCCUCCGUGGAGUGUUUCCCAUGACCCUGCAUGCGCCAGCCCUGCGACUACAUUACUGUCUGAUACAACCAAGUCGUCAACACCUCCAUCUACCGAGGCGACACCUGGCGGGAUUGAACUGGUCUUGGACCUUAACAUGAACACGCCUGCGAAUCUACCGAGGAAGCAGAAACCUCGGUCACGGGCGCAAAAGGAAAACUACAUCAAAGUUCGAAAACAUGGUGCCUGUGAAAAACAUCGAAAACAACAUAAGAGGUGCAAUUGCCUUGACAUCAAGGGCGCUCGUCUCAGUGUCAACAGCCCCGCUCUUUCUCCUACUACAGCGGUGCUUGACCCGACUAGACAGACUAGUCUGCCACUCCAUAGCCCGUCUCACGCCCGGCCACGUCAUGUUUCACUCACGAAACAGACGCAAACCGGUGUGCUUCCACCGAAUGUGGAAACCCCAAAGACUCUGGUUUGGAAGCACAGGGAGAGAGAUCUUCGUCGGUCUCCACAGGACAACUACUCGGUCACUGCGCCUUCACCAUUGGAUGUGUACCAUGGAAGGCACUCACCGGGUUCUCUGUCAAAGCCAGUGGAAGCGGCAAACACGGGACAACUCAGACCACAGAAACUGCUUGUACCGACCUCGAAGCAGCAAUCUGUCCUGGAACGGGGAAUCUGUCCCAGAUCUACCGUCAAUCGCGUGUCAAGCGGUUCGCCGCAAACUAUUACUUGGCGUCUCGGCCAGGUUCCAAAGGAAAACAACGAAGGUUCACUUCGCAUACAGUCCACCAGGGCGGAGAUGAACUCUCUGCCUCUUCAAUCUGUAUCUACCAAUCGCUCGUCGAGUGGUGGAAGCCAGCAAUUGCGUAUUGCGCAGACUGUUUCUACAGUCAUAAGCCAACCAGUGUCCGUUGGAGGAUACUGUACCACGCUCAGCAAGUAUGCUACCACAGCGAUUUUCAAGGCUGGUCUCGCAUUUGCCGGUUUUUGGCAAAAUCUGGGAUCGGUUGUUUCAUCGGCCGGAGGCAUGUUAGGCACAUUUGCCGUCUUUGCUUCCAAACAACAUUGGUUCGCUCGGAAGGGAAUGGGGUUAAUUUAACCUCGAGCCUGCUUGAGCUUUUGCUGUUCGUGCUGAAGCUUCUGUCCUUUGAUUGUUCGGUUGUGGGAAAAGAUACCUUAAGGUUGUGGUCAUAUUUGGUUUAUUGCUAGGUUUUUUUAGCGGUGUUUGUUGGGCAUAUUUUCAUGAAUAUUCAAUCGGGAUUUUAACGAUUGGCUAGAGUUAGAGAGAAAUACAUAAUUCUUUUCACCAAGUGACUCAAA